UUCUAUAUAAAGCCGCUUCAAAACAUACUCAGGGUCAGUUUCACAUCAGAAAGCUUGACAACUACUUGUAAAAAAACUUAUCUAAAUCUAUCAGAAUGCUUCUGAAAAGCACAGUCUUCUUUCUUCUUUUAUUCAUUCUGAAGGAAUCAAGUCAGGUGUCCUCAGACAGACAAUGCACUGGUAAGGCGGCAAAUAUUAUAUUUGUCAUGGACUCUUCGAGUAGUAUUUGGAGUGUUGAUUACACGAAACAAUUGAAGUUCGUCCAAAAUCUUGUCAAUAACUUUGAUAUCGGUGCAGAUGAUAAAGCCGUUCGUGUGGGUGCAAUUACGUUCAGCACUAAGGCUCAUCUUGAAUUUUCUAUUGAUCGGUACAGUACGAGUGAGGAUAUUCAAGCAGCAGUUGGCAGGAUUCCUUAUCGAUCUGGUGUUACUAAUACGGCUAAAGCACUAGAGUUAGCCAAAAGUCAGAUAGAAAUGAAGAAGAAACUGUACCAGGCUCCAUUUAUUCUAGUCGUUAUUACGGACGGUAUGUCACGUGACCCUGUUGCGACAAGAAACACUGCAAAAUCCCUUCACAAACUUGGUGUCCAUAUUUAUGCAAUUGGUGUUGGAGCAAGUUAUGAUGUAGAGGAAUUGAAGACAAUAGCUAGCGACCCAAUUGAAAAUGUGUACCAAGUUGGUAACUAUUCGGCCUUGCAAGGAAUAGUGAAACUAUUCGGAACAAAAACAUGUGAAGAUAUAAAUAUGGUUCUAGCAACUACAGAACGAGAAGCCGCUGACACAACUACCACGACCGUUCUAUCAGCAACCACUACUACUAAAGCCACUAAACUACCACCAACUACUACCACCACCACCAUCACCGCUGAAUCCCCAAGUAGUAAAGUAACCCCUGAGUAUGUCAAUCCCAUUCAAGGAGACCAGUAUAUUGAGAAACGUGACACUCAUACCAUAUCAUUCGGAUUUGAUAUAAUUUCUGUCGGAGUUGUGGACGGUAAUACGAUAUUGCAGUUCAUUUCCUCCAUACUUCCUCUGAAUUACUACGGCCACUUCUCUAUUAUAUCUGAGUAUGACUGUACAGGAACUGGAAAUAAUUUGAAAAGUUUGAAUAUUCCUCUGAUGCCAGUAACUAACAAGACCAUUUUAGCUGCUGAAAAUUCUAUAAAAUGGUAUCUACCGGGUUUAGAAUCUAUUGUACAUCAACUCGCUUCUAGCCUCUACAAACGCAACCUCCAGAAUGCACAAAAAGGUGUGAUGGGAUAUGAAGUUACUGUACUAUUUGUGGACUCGUCAAAAACAAUAUUAACACCUGAACUGAAAAAGGAAGUCGAAAGCCUGAAACGCAUGGGUUCUAAAGUGUUUGUGAUCGAUGUUGGCCAAAGCAAUUGGGCGAAACCGAAACUUCUUAAAGGCUUGAGCAGCCAACCGUCAGAGCAUUACGUCUUUAAAGUAACAACAUAUAAAGACUUACUAGAUAAAAAACGUCUUCCGCCACAUAAAUUUCAAGCCGAUUGUGGCUGCUAACUAAUAAACAUAAAAAACUGCUCAUUUUGGUUAACAUCAGACAAUUAUUGCAAUUCCGUCUUGCUUUUGUGUUGUACAGAUAAUAUUGUAUUCUUUGUGAAAUGUAUGAGAAUAAAAAGGAUAUGCUUACAUGCCUUAA